UUUCCAUACAUUUCACAAUAAGUAAAUAUCUCUAUAUAUACUGAUAUUCAUUAACUUGUGUUUUUAUAAUCCAACUCCUAAACUAGGACAAUAAUUCAGGAUUAGACUAAAAUAGUAACUAUUGAUACAUAAAUGUUUAUUUCAUUCCCCAGAGUGGCUUCAAUUCGUAUCUGGGUUCUCACUUGUCUUUACAAUUAUUCAAUAAUUUCACAGCUCACAGACCCAUGAAAGUCUCCAACACCCCCAACACCUCCAACACCAUCACUGGCUUCAUCCUCCUGGGCUUCCCUUGCCCCAGGGAGGGGCAGAUUCUCCUCUUUGUGCUCUUCUCUGCUGUCUACCUCCUGACCCUCAUGGGCAACGGUUCUAUCAUCUGUGCUGUGCACUGGGAUCAGAGACUCCACACCCCCAUGUACAUCCUGCUCGCCAACUUCUCCUUCCUGGAGAUCUGGUAUGUCACCUCCACUGUCCCCAACAUGUUGGCCAACUUCCUCUCAGACAACAAGCUCAUCUCCUUCUCUGGGUGCUUUCUCCAGUUUUACUUUUUCUUUUCCUUGGGUUCUACAGAAUGCUUUUUCUUGGCUAUUAUGGCAUUCGAUCGAUACCUUGCCAUCUGCUGGCCUCUGCACUACCCCACUCUCAUGACUGGACGUCUCUGUGCCAAUCUUGUGAUCAGCUGCUGGGUACUUGGUUUCCUCUGGUUCUUGAUUCCCAUCAUCAUCAUCUCCCAAAUGUCAUUCUGUGGGUCCAGGAUCAUUGACCACUUCCUGUGUGACCCAGGUCCCUUGUUGGCCCUCACCUGUACUAGAGUCCCUGUAAUAGAGUUAACUAGCUCCACCUUAAGUUCUCUCCUCUUAUUUAUCCCCUUUCUCUUCAUCAUGGUGUCCUAUGCUCUGGUCCUACAAGCUGUGCUGAAGUUCCCUUCAGCAGCUGGACGAAGAAAAGCUUUCUCCACCUGUGGGUCCCAUCUGACUGUGGUUUCUCUUUUUUAUGGAUCAGUGAUGGUCAUGUAUGUGAGCCCAACAUCUGAACAUGAUGCUGGAAUGCAGAAGAUAGUGACUUUGUUUUAUUCUGUAGUUACUCCACUCGUUAAUCCUGUAAUAUAUAGUCUGAGAAACAAAGAUAUGAAAGAUGCUAUGAAGAAAUUAUUAGGAACAUAA